UUUUUCCUCUUUUUUUAAAUCCAUAUAACUUCAUAGAUCAAACAUGUGCAUCUACAUGUAAAAGUUGGAAGAAAAAACCCAAUCUUGUGGUUCUCGUAUCGAUCUCGAUCUCGAUCAUCCUCCAAUUAUCGAACGCCAUCAGCUGAUUCUCUCGAUCUGACAAAAGUUAGGACAUGGCCUUGGUUACAACCGCGGAAGUAUGCGACGCGAACCCGCAACUAAUCGUGAGCGGUGAACUGCGUGCACUGCAACCCGUCCUGCAAAUCUACGGGAGACGCCAAGUGUUCUCAGGUCCGGUUGUCACUCUGAAAGUCUUCGAAGACAAUGUGUUAGUGCGUGAGUUUCUAGAAGAAAAGGGAAAUGGGCGCGUUCUAGUGGUUGACGGUGGUGGAAGCUUACGGUGUGCCAUACUGGGCGGCAAUCCCGUGGUGCAAGCCCAAAAUAACGGGUGGGCCGGCAUUGUGGUCAAUGGGUGCGUACGCGAUGUUGAUGAGAUUAAUAGCUGUGAUAUUGGUGUGAGAGCACUCGCGUCUCAUCCCGUGAAGGCGAAUAAGAAGGGGAUUGGGGAGAAACAUGUGGCGGUUAUGAUUGGUGGGACGAGGAUUUCGGAUGGGGAGUAUUUGUAUGCGGAUACCGAUGGGAUUUUGAUCUCCAAAACGGAGUUGUCUGUGUGAGUUUUGAUUAUUGAAGUUUUUGUGAGAAUAUUUGUGUAUUUGAUCAGUAGUCUGUGGGAUUCGAACCUGUGUCAACUCUAUUUUGGAUCUUGAUGGUGGUAUUUGUGUACUAAAUUAAUGACUUUUGGAGGACUUUAAUGUGUAGUUGUAUGUUUUAAUUUGAAAUAAAACAUGAAGUAUAAAGAGGAUAA